CUUGAUGUUGACCUCAACCACCGCCAUCACUCAAGAUAUGGGAUGACUCUCUGUAGCUGGUAACAAAAGAAGGACCGGCCACAACACCAAUUGUGAAUCCAGUUUCCGUCAUCAUCAAUCUGGCCUUUCACGCACCUGUCUCUUGUGGUCACCUGCUCAUAUCCGACAACCAAACAACAAAAGAAACACAGCUUGCCCGUUGGCCGACAACUCUACAACUCUACAACUACAACACCCAACAAUAAGUAACAAUAAUAAACGAACAAAAAAAGAAAAAAGAAAGCCACAACACCCAUCUCCUCAUAAAACCAAUGGCCCACCUCCCCCCUAACGCAGCAAUAUUCUCCCCCAGCGUGGCCCGCGCCGCCGCCAGCGCCGCCAAGGACUGGAACUUUGUCGACAGCUGGCUGGCCGCGCGGUUCCGAGGCCGGGCCCCGCCGCCCUUUGAGCGCAACCCAGACACCCUGCGCGCCCUCCUCGCCUUGGUGGCCCUCAACGAGCCCGCAGACGAGGAGCGCGACCUGCUCGCCCGCGCCGAAGCCUGCGCCCUCCGCGACGCCGAGGCCUGGGAUGCGGCACGGGACCGGGACCGGGACCGGGAUCGGGAUGUCGAGACUGAUCCCUCCGCCCCCUCCUCCGCCGCCAACCUCCUCGACGACGUCCUCGACGCCAUAGAGGACAGCCUCUCUCGCGACGGCCGCUCCGCUCUAGACGCCCUCGCCAGCACGGCAGUCGAGCUGGGCAUCGCGUACCCAGACGCGCCCUCGCUAGCCUCAUCGCUAUCUCGCCUGCAAUCCCAGACCCUGGAGCUCGACCGCGCCGCCGGGCGGGUCGCCUCCCUCCGGCGGCACGUCGACGCCUCGACGACGCGGGCGCACGCCCUCGCCUCGGAGCUCCGCGGGGAGGCCUACCGCUCCCCCGCCGACCUGGCGCGGAACAAUCUCGACGUGCAGCGGGCGCUCAAGGCCGCGGCCGCGCGCCUGCCCGAGCUGGAGGACCGCGUCGCCUCGCUCGCCGCCGCCGUGGGCGGCGGCCCGAGCCCCACGGUCGAGCAGGUCCGCCGCGAGGAGGUCGAGUACCUGGAUCUGCUCGCCCUGCGCAACGAACUGGACGCCAGGGUCAGGUCGUUCCGCGGCCUGCCCCCCGACACCGACGCCGCGCGCCGGGAGCUGGAGAGCCUGCGCGACGAGCUCGCGCGUAUCACCCAGCGGAGAGACGCCGUCUUUGAAGGCCUCGUCGAGCGGGAGACGCCGAGGAAACCGACGCGAUGA